AUGUCUACCAAACUACCAUUGAACAAGACUUCCCCGGUCCACUGGAUCCUCGACUGGGACGGCACCACCACCAAAAAAGAUACUCUAGACACCCUCGUCAACAUAUCCGCUGCCACAAAACCCAACUUUCCCACUCAAGACUACUGGAACCGUGUGUCAAAAGCCUACAUGGACGACUACACGGCUACGCUGGCCCAACUCGCUCCUAAUGGCACACUACCCAGCACAGUCUCGGCAGAGAAACAACUCCUAGCCCAAAUGAGAGCUGUGGAACAACGAAGUCUUGAUCGCGUAUCUUCAUCCUGUAUUUUUGCUGGCUUGACAAGAGAUGCGAUCGACGCCGGCGCAAAACAAGCUGUACAUUCACGUGCUGUAGAAUUGCGAACUGGAUUCGAGGGUUUCUUCAGACAUAUCCAGCACGACCGCAAGAAGGAUGGAUUCAUGCUUCUCAGUGUCAACUGGUCUCGCACAUUUAUCCAGUCUUGCCUAGCUACAGCAGGUAUCGUUGAUGUACCUACCACGUCAAUAUUGGCGAAUGAGCUUGAUAACAUUGAGGCUGGAGAGCCGUCGAGCGGUAAAAUCGUUACGACUACCCCUAAUGAGGCAGGUCUCAUAAUGUCAAGCGGUGACAAAAUCAAAACAAUGGGGCGCAUGCAGUUAGCGGGCCAAAAGGUGUACGUGGGAGAUAGUUGGACAGACAUCGAAUGCCUGCUCGCAGCCGACCUGGGGAUUUGCAUCCGAGACGAACCCAUGGGAAGUUCGCAGAAGAAACUUGCAGAAUCGUUGACAAGACUGGGUGUAUCAUGUCGGCAUUUAAAAGACUACAAAGAGGCUGAUGAGUGGAGAGUUGUAUGGGCGAGGGACUUUGCGGAGAUUCAAGAUUGGAUUGCCAGCAAGUCAACCUAG